AUGAAGUUGUUUGUUGGGCUACUGCUCUAUUUGCUGCAGCUGCAAGUUCAGUUGUCUAGCUGCUGGGGCUUCUACAAGUACACAGCAUCAAUUCUGCAAAUAGACGUCUUGCCGCAUGAAGAGGAAUUGGUUAUUGAUUUCAGCGACUUGCACAUUAUUGGACGGCAGCGCGCACUCAAUGGCACGAUUCGCAUACUCGAAGAUAUGGAUUCGAAGACGCAUCAAAUGUCUGUGGAUCUGCUCAACGAUCCGAACCUUAACGGCCAAUGGAAGACAAUGAUAUUCGCCAUGCCACUCAUCAAUGUCUGCUAUGCAAUGCGCUUCUUCGUUGGCAGCUACGGCAAGUCGACAAUGCAAUUGGGCGUGAAUACGAAUGUCCCAUUCGAUGGCACACAGUGUCCGCUGCCAAAGGGCACAUACUUCACAAACAAUCUGCUGCUCAACAGCGAAUCGUGGCCCGAUGUCGUGCCCUACGGCGGCCUGAGAGUCAAUUUGCGUUUCUUCAAGCACAAUAAGCCAGCAGGUGGCCUAAGUCUGACCAUUGAUGUUCAGAAGAAGCAAUAA